GCGGAUCGAAAAUAUUUGAAUGUGAAAAUUGUGGAUAGGGACAUCAAUGGAGCAAGAAAUAUCUUGUCUAAAGUGCUUUGCGAAACUCAAGCUUCGAGCCUUGAAACUGAUUGGAUCAGUCGUCUUAAACACUCGCCAUCGCAGAUAGCGAUAGUCGCCUAUUUAAUUG